AAGUUAUUGAACGAAAUUGUUUGCAACACUUGUAUUGAAGCAUUGAUUUCAAUGUUUUCAUUGUUUUUUGAAAAAAUAAAAUUUUUUGAUUUGAUUUGCAAUCACUUAUUAUUAAUUGUCUUUUCUGGUAAUCACUUGUGUCGACGAUAAAAAUGGAUGACAACAUUGAUGUCGUUUGUCGACAACUGUGCCAAUCGAUUGAUGUAGUGAUGGACUCAAACAGUGGUCAACAACUAAGACAUGAAUGCAAUCAACUGAUCGAUUCAUUCAAAUCCAGUGAUAAUCCGUUGAUGACAUACGAAGUUUCACUAAAACUUCUUCAACAGUCAUCACUACAAAUGACAAACAAAUCUGUUGCCUACAAACUGUUCGGUUUUCAGACACUUAAUAAUGUCAUCAAAUAUCACUGGAAUUCAAUGGAUGACAAUCUCAAGAAUCAGUUGAAACAAUUGAUGCAAAGCUGGUUCAACAAUGAUAUGUCUUCACAGGAUUAUCCGAGCCAUGAAUGGCGACAUUUGAUGAACGCUUCCGGCCGUUGUGUUGUUGAAGUUGUCAUCCGAGAGUGGCCUCAAAAUUGGCCGCAAUUCAUGUCUUAUUUAUUGCAAAGAGAGUCUUAUCUAAGUUUAUAUUGUAUUUGGCAGUUGACUGAAGAAGUCGGUGUCUUCUUUAGACCAAAUAAUCCUCAGCGAAGAAGAGAAAUGACUAAUGAACUCAACAAACAUAUGACUGAUAUCUAUGCAUAUAUUGGCAAAUGUUUCACUUCUGGAGACAUUAAUYUCUGUUUGAUAUCUUUGAAUACAUUGAAUGUGAUGCUUGAAUGGACACAAUUAGAUGCAACUCUUUUAAAUAAUUUGAUGCAAUUGUUAGCUAUUGAUUAUCAAAAUGACAAAUGUCACCAAAUAAAGCAAUUGAUAUGCGAUUGUCUUCUUACUUGUCUUAGCCGUAAAUUAACUAAAGAUAGCGAUAAAAAUGCAAUUAAAGUACUUUUUAGUGAUAAUAAUAUUUCAUUAAUUAUCUCAAAUGUCGGGAAAUAUCUUGAAAUUAAUUCAAAAGAUCAAGACGUUCAGACAUUACUGAAACGAUUGGUAUCUCUCUUAUCAUUAGUUGGUCAGCAACUGGUGAUCGACAAUAAUUCAAAUCAAAUAUCAACUGUUAUAUGGAAUCAAUAUAUUUCUUUUUGGAUUGUUUUUGUAAAAAACUAUAAACGAUUAACUAAUAAUCAUAUGUCUAUCGAUACUAAUAUAUUUAACAAUUUAUUGGUUAAUAUUGCACACAAAAUAGUUAAACCAAUGUUUAACCAGAGUUUGUUAGGUUUCGAGUUUGACGACAACAAAGAUUUUGACCACUUUUUCUUAAAAGUCCGAACCGACACACUUGAACUACUCAAACAUUUAACCGUUUUGGAUCAAAAUUUAUGUCUAGUAUUUGUCGGUCAAUCAAUAGAGAAAUCAUUGAAUGAAUCAAAUAGUGAUCCAAAAAAUUGGGAAAUAUUAGCACAGCUUUCUGCUGCAGUUUUUAACAAAAUCAGUGAUAAAAGACAAUUUUGCAUUGAAAGCGAAACACUAUUGAAGUCAUUGAUAGACAAAUGCAAUAAAGAUAAUCCAAAUGUCAUAUCCAGUCAAUUGUCGUGUAUCUCAGCAUUAACUGUAUUUUUGCCAAAUAUUUCUAAUCAUUUGCUCAAUCAAAUCAUUGAAAGAACAUUACUAUUAGCGACAUUUACGUUGACUAAUGAAACAAUCAAAAGUAAAGAAGUAAAAGAUUUGCGUCGACACUCGUGUUCACUAUUUAUCAAAAUAUGUCAAACAUAUCCAACUUUAUUAGUCCCAUUAUUUACAACUAUAAGACAAUAUAUUGGUUUGAAUAAUGAAAAUUUUAGUCAAAUGGAAAAAUGCUCAUUAAAUGAGGGCCUUUUGUUAAUUAGCAACGAAUUUGAAAAUAUUGAACAUCAAAAACUAUUUGCCAAAGAACUGAUUGAUACAAUUGUUUGGAUAAAUAGUUAUAAACCAAAUCCUAAUGAUUUUAUAUGCGAUAUCGGCCUUAAUGUUGACUCAAUAGAUGAUGUGGUUUUAAGCCAAAGACGGGCCAAUUUAUCAUAUGUUGUUAAUCUAACAUUAAGUUUCUUAAAACGCAUAAAAACUGAACGAUCAGUUGUUUUCAUACCAAAUAUCUUUCCAGUAAUUGACGGACUGUUUAAUUUGAUCUCCAAUUUGAACACUAUUUGGAGAUCAGAAUAUCAGCAAAAAUGUUGUGUCAAUUACAAGAAUAUGGUUUACGCAGAUAUUAGCGAAACCGAUAAGAAGAAUAUCUUGGAUCAGCCGCUCUCUGAUGUCAGCGAAAUGUUGACAAAAUCUGCGGCCUAUAGGAUGCAAAUAUUUGUAUGGAAUUUGCAUGAGAACUGUUACGCGACAUUAGGAGUGGCCACUAGUGUUCUUCAGCCGCAUUUUUACGACCAAAUUUGUGAUUUCAAAUUAAUCUUCACAGACAUCGAAUUUUUACCGCAAUGGAAGCUACGAAUGAUUGCCAGAAGUUUUGUUCGACCAUUUAUAACCAAUUGUCCACAAAAUCAGAUUAUGUUCAACAAAAUUGAAUCUAUUUUAUCAUUACUAUUGCAAUAUUUAUUUAACAAUUUGAAUGUAAAAUGGGAUGAAAUUAAAGCAAGAAAUCAAUUGUCAGAAACUGAUGAUAUGAAAGACAAGAGCGAUCCGAUUGAAACCGAAGUGAUUAGCGAUGAAAUCAAUCGGUUGUUGUCCAGAGAAUUCAUUGAUAUAAUGGUCGCUAUUCUCACGCCAAGCAAAGUCACGCAAUCGUGUGAUACUUCAGAUAUGAAUAGUAAUUCUUUUGACACAAAGAUCUCAGAUUUAGGAAAUUAUUUAUUGAAUGUUAUCCCAAAUGUUAUUAUAUAUCCAAUCGCUAAAACACUUUCAUGGAUUGACACAAACAUAGCAUUAAAAACKGCUCAAUUGAAUCAACUUUUAAUUCAAAAAAUAAUUAGUGAUAAUAUGAUUAAAAGUGAAAACGCUGUAUAUUUUCUUUUUGAACAAUUGAUUAGCGGAUUAUCUUAUUUCGGUGAACACGAACAGAAUCAGUCAAUUUUGUUACAAUUAGUACUAACUCUUUAUGAAGGGAUUGCCAUUAAAAUGGGAUUUGACUCAAUUAAACAGCAAUUAAGUCAAAUAACUGGAUCUUCACUAAAGGAUUGGAUUGAUUUCGAUCAAAAACUUCAUAAGACUUGUGAACCAAAUACUAAAUAUGUAUUGACAGACAAAAAGAAAAAAGAAAUCAUUAAAAAGCUUUUAUCACAAGUUAUUGGAAAAAAUAUCGGACAGUUAUAUAAAUACCAAAGCGUUGAGAUUAAGAAUUUGAAACCAAUUUUUUAUACGAAAAACAAUCGCCAAAACACUUUGGACGACGAUAUAUCACUUUGUUUGCUGUUUAGUGAUUGAUAAAAAU